AUGGAAGAUUCGAUUCGAAAUCAGGCAUCAAUGUUAGGUUCAGACGCGCAUAGUGAAUUUGAUGAAAUGAAAAGGAUGCUUCGAGAGACGAAUCCCAUUUUACUAGGGGUUACAUUCACUGUGUCAAUAUUACACAGCAUAUUCGAGUUUCUGGCUUUCAAAAAUGAUAUAUCUCAUUGGAAAAAUAAGAAAGAGAUGACUGGUGUAUCUGUUAGAUCGAUUCUUUUAAAUAUCUUUUUCCAAGUGGUCAUAUUUUUGUAUUUGAUGGACAACAACCAAGAAACAAGCUGGAUGAUUUUGAUUGGUCAAGGUGUUUCAGUUGCCAUAGAAGUAUGGAAAAUAAAGAAAGCCGUUGAUAUCGAGAUCAAACCUUCCCAAGGUACUUCUUUCAUCCCGUACACUAUAAGAUUGGUGGAUAAACAUAAGCUAUCUGAAACUGAGGAGAAAACAAAGGAAUAUGAUCAAAUCGCAUUCCUUUACCUGUCACGAAUAGCCUAUCCUCUGUUGGCUGGAUAUGCUAUUUACAGUCUUGUUUACAACACACAUAAGAGUUGGUACUCUUUUAUACUGGCCACCCUCGUUGGAUUUGUUUAUACAUUUGGAUUCAUCAUGAUGACUCCGCAGUUGUUUAUAAAUUAUAAACUUAAAAGUGUGGCACACAUGCCUUGGAAAACUCUAAUGUACAAGACUCUUGGUACCUUUGUGGACGACCUAUUUGCUUUCUGUAUAAAGAUGCCAACAUUACAUCGCCUGGCAUGUUUGAGAGAUGAUGUUAUAUUUUUUGUGUACCUGUAUCAACGUUGGGCAUACCCAACCGACAACAAAAGAGCGAAUGAGUAUGGUCAAGUAGAAGACGCAGGUGAACAAAAUGCAGAAGAAAAUGAACAAAAGACAGAAAGUAAAAAGGACAAAUGA